GCACGAACGCAUCUUUUUUGAGUCAUUGCCUGCUUGCAUUAAAGUGCAUCGAUUUUCCGUAGCGUUGAAAAACGGCGCGCGCGCAGCGUUUACUCGAUCGGUGUAUAUUCGCACGCUCUCGAUACUUUUUGCUUGCAAAGUGUUUAUGUUACUUUGUGAUUUUCACCACAUUGUUGCAAAAUAACAAAAGCUACAAGAUAAUGGAUUGUCGAGCUGUGCUGUUAUUCCUGAUUGCUGUGUUCUUUAUGUUAAUAUUUGCGUAUGCUGAUGGGCGUACAAAAAAAGUAGUUAUACACGUACCUUAUAAGGUGAAGAAAAUAAAGCAUACGCACACAGUUUACAAGACGAUACAUCAUCAUCACACUCAUCACGAUCCGCAUAUUGACCACGCGAUCUCUCCAUCUGAGGAACACGAGCACUUCCACCAUAUGCAUUUACAUGAAGAGUUGCCACCACCGCCACCCGUGGGACAGCAUACUCAACCUAUUCCCGGAAUUGGAAUCCCCGAAUUUCUACCCGACGUCCCACUAGACCCAUUAGAUUUGCCCAAAAUGCCACGCGAUCUGCCACUGCAUUCGAAACGACAUGGUAUCCCUCUUUAUAGACAUUAGUUGGUCCAGAUGAUCGAGAAAUAGACUGAAAUAAGAAAAUGCCAUAUAUUCGUUUGGUAUAUCUAAAUAUAAAAAGUGGAAACUAAAUGUUGAUAUGACUCGAAAUUGAAAACAAAUGAAAUAUCUACGAACAG